AUGGGCUCACUAGUGAGUUUAGCGAAAUCAAUUAACUACUUAUAAAAGAAGAAAUAGGAUUACGAAUUAAAGAUGCAAACUUAUCACAGAAAUAACUAAACUUUACAAAAAGAACUAGAAGAGCUUACUUAAGAAUUUGAAAACUAUGAAUACUAAACCUAUUAGGAGCUAAUAGAAGAAAUUUAGAGUAUCAAAUAGUCAAAUGAAUAUAUAUAAAAUGGGGCUAAAGAUCCAAAUCAUUACCUAAGAAUUUAAGUGGAGGGAAUGGAAAUGAAUGCCAGAAAACUUAAGAGGUAUGAAAGACUAACUGAUUUAAUAAAGAAACAUAAUUAAGAAUAAGGUGAAAAUGAGAAGUUCUAUAAGGCCACUUGUGAGGAUUUAUAGAGACUUAAAAUAAGAGAGAAAUUUUUACUAAACUAAAGUAUUGAUAGCUUCGGCAUCAAUGCUGGGAGUUCUUAAGAUCUUUAAGCAUCUGGAAUAUAUGAAUAUGAACAGAGAUCAAGAUGA